AUGUCUCGAGCUGACGAAGAGCAGGCUGACAAAGGAGAGGUCGAAAAAUCACAGUCUGACGAAUUCCAGACCGACGAGUCGCAGUCCAACGAAUCGCAGUCCGACGAAUCGCAGUCCGACGAAUCACAGACCGACGGAUCACAUGCCGACGAAGCACACGCCGACGAAGCACACUUCGAGCGCGAGAGGGCGAGCGGGAACAAGCUCUGGAGCGUCUACAUCUCGGAGGCGCAAAACUACGAUCAGGGUCUCAUCGAUGGCUGGCGCAGUGAGAUGGAUGGUCUGCUGAUCUUUGCCGGUCUCUUCUCGGGAGUCGUCACCACAUUCAUCAUUGACAGCUACAAAACGCUGAAUCCCGACUCGGGCAGCCAGACUGUCGUGCUGCUCAGCCAGACCGUUGCACUCCUCAGCCAGAUAUCGCACCAGCUGGCGAACAUGGACAACGGCACAGCGGUGACGGACGCACUCCCUCCCGCCGCUCCCUUCUCGCCCCCGAUCUCGUCUAUCAUAUGCAACGUACCGUGGUUCACCAGCCUCGCGCUGAGCUUGUCGAGUGCCCUCGUCGCGACACUCGUCAAGCAGUGGGCCCGGGAGUACCAGCACCGGACUACCAUGUUCUCCUCCAUCUCGAUCCGGUCGCGCGUGUACAUGUAUCUUUACUACGGCUUGCGCCGCUUCAAUAUGCAUCUCGUUGUUGGCGUUCCCCCGCUUCUCCUGCACGCGUCGCUGGUUCUGUUCUUUGCGGGUCUGGUGGCCUUUCUGGUGCCCGUCAACGUCGUCAUCUUCGCCGUGACAUCUGCUCUGCUGUUCCUCUUUGUCGCAGUCUACGGGACAUUCACCGCACUUCCACUGCUCUUCUUCGACUGUCCGUACCAGACACCCCUCACACGGAUCCUCUGGUCGCUGAACCAGAACUUUGGAAGCGCGCUGAGGGCUUAUAUCCGAAGAGCAGCGGCUGUUUCCUGUACCCAAAGGGCAGCGGCUGUUUGGAGGAGAGCCCCUGCGACGGACGCCGAAAAAGCUGCCCGAUCUACUGCGACGAACUCCCGGGGCUCUGCCGGACCUUCAGCCCCUGCAGACACUGGUCCGCAGUCCCAGAGCAUGGUGGACGCCCUGAGAUCAGAAGCCCUGCAAUCCACUGUCGAGACGGAGACGCGGGCCCUUGCGUGGACCGUGCGCUCGCUCUCUGACGAUCGGGAGCUUGAGCCGUUUGUGGAGGGGCUCCCCCAGACGCUGUGGGAUUUCGAUAAAAACAAGCCUCGCAGCAUCUACCGGGCGCAGUUCCUGAGCUUGUUGCAGGAUCCGGAAGUCCAUCUCGGCCGGCGUCUUGCCGACUUCAUGGCUGGCUCCAACAGCAAUCUGCUCGAGCGCAGGGACCGCGUCCGCCGCCAGAUCUCCGUGCUCCGGGCCAUCUGGGCCACCUGCGCGUUCGCUCUCCACACGGGGUCGCCUCUGCAUAGUCCCAUCGGAGAAGCCGGCGCCGAGCAAGCGCUGCUCAGCUCGAAGUUUAUUGACUCUGACGACGUGCAGAGCAUGAUCCCUGACGUGUCCGCCCUGAUCCGUCUGAACAUGCUCGAGUCUCGGAGCCGGGAACAGGCUGCUACGCCCCCCAGCGACUCCGCCGGUGAGAUCCGUGCCGCAGGGGAGGAGCAACGGCAAGCGGCGUACGCGGAUUAUCUGGUGGUGCUUUCCAAAUGCGCUGCCGGCUUCCAGCGGGAUGCGACCAAUCAACCGCACUCCACAAAAGUGUACGACUAUAGAACCCUGCAUCACGCUCUCGAAAAGCUGAUCGAUUCGGCGUUGUACAAGACGGCGGGCGAGAGAGCGGACAACGUCGUGUUUGCUGCUCGCCUGAUGAUCAGCCCGUUCGCCCAGAUAUCGAAGUAUCCCCAUUGGCCGCUGUGGGGUCUUGGGCCGUUCCUUGUCCGCCAUCCGUCCCUCGCCACCUCCGACCCGGAAUUCGACUCUAAGCAUCAUUACACCCGAUUCCUGUGCCAUAAGAUAUGCAAGAACUUGAAGUACCGAGACAACCCACAGGAAUCCGUCGACGCGCUCCAGCUGAUUUAUCGGAGAUUGCUCGAGUCCGAUGGGCCACCGAAUGACUUUGAGACCCAUCUUCGGGUCCUGCGCACUCUGCGCGCUGAAGCGGCGGCCGUCCGCACACACCGUUUGGCUGCCAUCGUCCAGUCCGUCGUGCUCAAAUGUUUUGGGCUCAGGGAUUUGUCGGAAUGGGAGCGAUGGCUGAGUAUCUUCGAUGAUGCGCAAUGGUUCCGCUCCGUGCUCGGCCUGGACAACGAUAAACGGACGGAGCAGGCAUCGGCACAGCAAAUUUACGACUGUGCGCGUGUGUGCAUGUGGACCACGCUCCUCGAGCAGUGUACUGCAGCCCGGAGUCCGGGUCGAACGGAGCACGACAGGGACUUGGAGACGCUCAAAUUGGUGCACGCAUUCACCCGCAUGUCUGCGGUGAUCCCGACUAGACUGCAACGUCGAUUCGCCCGCGCCGCCUCCGGGUUCAUCCGCAGAUAUCCCAGGGACUGUUUUGCGGAUGAUCAUGCGCUCUUUUGGGUGCUUUUCUAUGCCGUCAAUCGGCACUACGGGUGGAUGGCCAAUGUGGAUGCAUUGCGCGUCCUGGACACGGCUCUGUUGGAGGCGCAGACGGAAGAUCAGCACGAAUCACACCAGAGAAAUGCUGAGCUGUUCCGUGGACAGAUGCAGAACCGACUCCAUCCCGAGGACAUUUUUACCGCCUUUGUCUCGCUUGUGAGUGACGGGGAGCGAAGGGACUGAGUGAACAGGGGGAGUCAUUUCCGAUUCAUCUAGCCUGCAAUCAGUAUGUAGGAUGAGAUCCUGUUCAGUGCCCCGAGUACGAACGCCGCUUCUGCGUCUUGGUGUCGAACCCGGGCAACA